GCUCCCAUGGCGGCGGCGCGGGGCUGGCUGCGGAAGGUGGCGGCUGUCGCUGGGGCGCUGCCCGGCGGGGGCGGCCCGGGACGAGCACCGGGACCGGCCCCAGACACGGCCGCCCCCGCCACAGCCGCGCUCUACGUGCACUGGCCCUACUGCCGCAAGCGCUGCUCCUACUGCAACUUCAACACGUACGUGGUGCCGGCGGUGGACGAGGCGGCCGUGCGCGCCUGCCUGGUGCGGGAGGCACAGACCCUGCUCCGCCUCAGCCAGGUGCACAGCGUCACCUCCGUCUUCUUCGGCGGGGGCACCCCCAGCCUGGCCAGCCCCGGCACUGUUGCAGCAGUGUUGGAGGCCGUGGCGGGGGCUGCCCACCUUCCGGCUGGUGCUGAGGUCACGCUGGAGGCCAACCCCAGCUCCACCAGCGCAUCUGCCCUUGACGGCUUCAGAGCAGCUGGGGUCAACCGUCUCUCCAUCGGCGUGCAGUCGCUGGAUGACACCGAGCUGAGGAUGCUGGGCCGGGAGCACACAGCGGCAGAGGCACGGAAGGCUGUGGAAGCGGCUCGGGGGCUCUUCCCUGGCCGAACCUCCAUCGACCUCCUGUUUGGGCUGCCGGGACAGAGCCGGGACGCCUGGGCCCAGCGGCUGGAGGCAACCCUGAGGCUCUGUGACGACCACAUCUCCCUGUACCAGCUGACGUUGGAGCGGGGCACAGCGCUGGCCGCACAGGUCAGGGGCGGGGCCCUGCCCGCACCCCCCCAGGAUCUGCUGGCUGACAUGUACCAGACGGCCCGGAAUGUGCUGGUGGCUGCCGGCUUCCGCCACUAUGAGGUCUCCAAUUUUGCGCGGAAGGUGGGAUGCCCCCCAUGCUGUGUACCCCAAUGUCAUGUUGGUCCCCCCAGCAGGCUCAGCCACUCCUCUCACCCCAGGGCUCUCCCCCAGGGCGCCCUCAGCACCCACAACCUCUCAUACUGGCGGGCUGAGCAGUACAUCGGUGUGGGGCCAGGGGCACACGGGCGCUUCGUGCUGCGGGCUGAGGGCGGCUGCAGCCGGGAAGCUCGUGUGCAGACCCUGGAGCCUGUCGCCUGGAUGCGGGAGGUGCAGAGCCAGGGACACGGCACCAGGAGUCGGGCGGUGCUGAGCCCGCUGGAGCAGCUGGAGGAGCUGCUCACCCUGGGACUGCGCAUGGAUGAAGGCAUCACACAUGAGCGCUGGGGGCAUUUCUCUCCUCAGCUCAGCCUGCAGGCCGUGUUUGGGGAGCCGGGGGAGGCUCGGGCACUGCAGCAAGAGGGCUGGCUUGUCCUGGACAGCGGUGGCCUGCGGUGCACCUGGGCCGGCCUGGCCGUGCUGGACUCGCUGCUGCCCGACCUGCUCUGGCAGCUGCAGCGGGUGCUGGGCGCUGCCCGGCGCCCACCGAGGGGAGCGGCAGGGGAACGAGCCGGUGGCGGGGCGCGAGGGCUGUAAGCGGCCACAAUGGAUAAUAAUGGCUAAUAAACUACAAGAGCGGUGUGCUGGCUGAGGGGUGUUGGGGCCGGGGCGCUGGCCGGGGGAGGUGUUACUGCACGGUAGGCUCCUGUAUCCCGGUGUUCGGGUGUCCUGAGGCCCGGUGUCCCGGCGCCCUGCUGUUUCUAGUCGCGCAGUGUCCUAGUGCCCAGUGUCCCGUGUCCCUGGUGUCUGGGUAUUCCGGAGUCCCGGCACCCCAGUAUCCCGCUGUGUCCGCGGAUCCCGGUGCCCCGCCACCCUGGUGUUCCUAGUCGCCCAGUGUUCCGUGUCCCGGAGCGCCAGUCCCGCAAGAUCCUCAAUGUCCCAUUGACCCCGGCCGUUUCGCAGC